AUGAUAUAUGAAGAGGACCCAAAAAACAGCAAUGUUGAACUGGACUGGUUCUAGUUUGAGACAGAGAUGCGUAAGGUAGUGAGAGACUUGAUGGAGCCAACGAUUCAGAGGUCACAUGAAGAUAGAGAAAAAACCAAUCAAAUGAGGAUUAUGUACGAUAGUCUAGAAGAUCGUAUUGACUAUCUUGAAAACGUCAUCCUAAAGAGAGGUGAAAAACUAGAUAUUUUUGAAGAGAUAAAGGAGAGUAUAAAUUAAAAUGAACUGAAAAGACUGUAAGAGACUUAGAGAUAGUAAGACUAAAUGGAAAUGAUUGAACGAGAUAACAGACUUAUUCAUGAAACUUUAGUAGUAAUCUAGCAAUAAAUCGACAAAUAAGCUGAAGACUACAAUAACAUAUUCUAGAAGUACAUGGAAUUGAAUGAAAACUUAGCAAAUUAAAAAGAGGAGUUGCUACUUGUGUUAAAGAAUAGUGAAAGCACUCUCUUGCAGAAAGUCUUUUCGCUUUAAUAAAAAAUAGAAUCAAUGGAUCACUAUCAAAGCAAUUAUCAUCCGUUAAUAGAUAUGCAUCAAACUUAAAUCGAAAAGCUAGAGGGCUUGGAACUUGCAUGUGAAGAUUAAAUCAAUCAGCUAAUUGAGAAGACAAUACUCCUUGAGAAGAAUAAAUUAGAAAGGAUUCAGCACGAGGAUGAUUACUUAAAUACUAAUAACUUGAUUAGCGCACUCUCUCAUACAACUGAAAUGUACAAGAUUCAUUUUACCAGAGUGGAGAACUUUGUUGAUAAAUAUCUUCCUGUCAAAGUUUAGAACCAGAUAAGUCAUAGUAUACUCUCUAUGUUCAACAAAAGAGAUGCGAAAUUGUCAAGGUAUCGUGAAUAUGAAGUAUACUUCUUCAAGCAAUAGAAUGAAGUCCUUUUCAACGAUGAUGGCUAGCCAGAUUUAAUUAACUAGAUGCGAGAUUUAUAUGGCAAAAUGUAGCAGGAUUAAAUGUAUUAAGAUAUGCAGCGUGAAGCUGAUAGGAAACGCUAGCAGCAUAUUAACCACUAGUCUUAAAGAAAGCUAAACUACGGGCUUAUAUCAUAACAGAUGACUUUGAAAACCUCACCUUAAAUAAAUUUUGGAAAUUAGCAAACAUUUGCUGAUUCAGGAGACAAAAAUAUUAAAGAUGAUGAAAUGUAGUUUAUAGAGGAAAAUUUGUCGGGGGAUGAUAGUCCUUCUGUCUCAAGGAGUCCUCUUAAAAAUCGAUUUGUUUCACCAAUACCUGAAGAGCAAGAUCCUUCAUGUGAGGAAGAGAAGUCAAUAAUAGGCUAAGUAGUUCGUAAAUAAUCCAUCAUAAUGCCAGAACCUGUUAAAGCGAACUAAUUCAUGAAAUAGCUAACAAAAAAAGCAAUCCAAAAUGGUAUAGCUAAAAAGGCAACAGCGUCUAAUAUUUUGGAUGAUUUGGGAAUUGAAAUGACAGAAUUAGAAGAUUUAAUUGAUGACAAAUUAGAUGGCCUCUUUGAUAUUCUCGAAACAAGAAUCAAAGGCAGCAACGAAGUAAACUAUAAAGAAAUGUUUGAGCAAAUGAAACUAUUCUAGGAAGGAGUUAAAGAUGAAUGUAGAAAGUUAGAGAGUUAAGUGACUCUUAUUUAGCAAGAGGUUUAAGAGCACAUUUCAGCUAAGGAGGAAGCUUUGCUAAAACCAUAAAUACUUCUUUAAAAGGCUCUUGAUGAUAUUGAUAUUAAGUUCAGUACACUUUUCUAAAUUAUAGCUAAUUAGUAUGGCUCUACUGAUGCUAAUUGCGCACUUACAGCAGCAAUCACUAAUGAAAUUGAAUAUUUAAAAGCUAAGGUAAUAGAAUUUAAAAAUGCAAAUGAUAUUUCAUUGCCCAUUCUAAAUCACAUCCCUUCAAGCUUUAAUUCUACAAUGCUGAUUAAUUCAUCCUAUUCUCCACAGGUUGCUAGAAUUAACAGCCAGAAUAGAAUGGCCAGAGAAACUAAUACUCAUAAUUAAAUUGAAUUUCAUAGAAUAGAUGAAAGAGUACUAAUUUAUAACGGCCUUAACAUUAGAUUAGGAGAACUCAAAUUACUUAUGAAAUCUCAUCAAUAAAAUGCCUUCAAGUUAUUUACACUUUCAACUAUAAAGAAACUUAAGGAAACAUUUGAAAGUAUUAUAUCUAAAGAUGUAAGCACUUUUUAGAAAAAUACAGUCACCAAGAAAUUUAGAAAAUCUACUUUGAAUUCUACUAAUAUAUUACCAGAUGUGAUGAUUAGUCCUAGUCAUUAGCAUUAUCAUCUUAAUACAAGUAACACGAUGGUAGGCAACUAGAUUCAAAUAUUGGGAUCUAUCAGUCAUCAAAUAUCUCCAAGAAGUCAGCUAGACAUGUAAUUAUCAAAUAAUCUAACUGACAUGAAGCAGACUGAUGAAAGCUCUGCUUAAUUACUUUCUAAUUCCACUAUAUUAAGUCUUAAAAAGGAGAGAUAAAAUUCAAUGUAAAACAAUAAAAAAUACAAGCACAAUAAUAAUAUGUCUCAGGCUUUAUAGCAUAAAUUAGAUAAACUAGCUAAGAUCACUGAGAAUUUACAUGAAAAUUCUAUAAUGGAAAACAAUGCUAAGGGCGACCACUUUUACAAUCCAAUGAAUAUAACCUUCAGUAACAAUAGAUCGAACAAGUCUUAGUUGGGGUUUAGUUUGACGGGUUUUGCAGUUGGCACAACUGAUUAAAAUCGCAGCAAGCCCUAUAGUAAAUUUAGUGAUAAACAUAAAAUGUCAAACUAAUCCAUUUUAUCUAAAGAUUGA